UGAAAGAGUACUUUAUCAGUGUCGCACUUGGCGAGAUUUCCAGCUGAGCCGUAGCAUCAGCGCAGGCCGGCGCGCUCUUCGCUGUUGUUACCGUUGUUACCACAGGGGACGAGAGUGACAUUACUCGUUCAGUUAUUACGCUGCGGUGCCGCAAGGUGGCCAAUGGUUUUGUUGCAGAAUGUAGGAUGGCGCGAGUGAAUGUUAUACGAAGUUGUGGAAACAUGAAGCUUUACAAAUUCCUACUGUUUUUUAACGUUCUGGACAUUGUAUACAAGGUCGUUCAAAGCGUGGACGGACAAGCUCAAGGGUUCAUUCAGACAGAGGAUGAUAUCAACCAGGUCGCAGAUGGCGUUCUGGCGCAGAUUUCCGAGCACUCAGCAGUUAGCAGUUCAUCGCCCAUCAGUUUUUCAGAUUUGGACGACAGUAACUUAAACAUGUAUGCUAGCCCCAUAUCAUUUGAACCACCAUUAUUGGAUUUUAGGGACCAGCCACUGAGCAUACCCAUAAGGCGCAAAGUUGUUGUGAAAAAUUUGAGUCCAGAAUCAAGUAUUGAGAUGCUUUCAAUUAGUGGGAGUACAGUGCACUUUCACUGUUCAUUUUUUCAAGAAAAGAGGAUAUCACCAGGUGCAAAUACCUCAUUUGACAUUGUCUAUCUGGGAAGGCAGCAGGGAUUAGUGGAGAACAUUUUAUUUAUUCAUACUUCACUAGGUUCUUUUAAAUAUCAGGUAUCAGCAUUUGGAAGAGAGAAUCCUUAUAGGCUGAGGCCAUUUAUUGGUGCUCGUGUGCCUCUCAAUGGAACAUACACGCCGCUCAUCUACAUGCACAAUCCUCACAGUUCAACUAUUCAGCUUACAGAGGUGUACACAAGUGGUGGCGACCUCCACCUGGAGGUCCCAGACGACGAAAACGAAGCAACCAAGGACCUGUGGGAAAUUCCGCCGUACGAGACAAAGGUUGUGAUGAGGGCUAACUUUGUGUCGCGUACGGAGAAGAACCACACAGCGUACAUCUGCAUCAAGACGAACAGAACGACUGAGAACAGCCUCAUUGUGCCAGUGGAGGUGGAGGUGGUUUCAAUUCCCGGGAUUUACUCACCAACAGAGGUGCUUGAGUUUGGAGUGGUGCACAGCGAAGAAGAGCCCAAAACUCUGCCAAUCAGUUUGCUUAAUUCCGGGCCAAAGCAUAUACACAUUGUGAAUGUAUUUGUGACUCCCGUGAAUGAAGCACUAGAAGUAAAGUUUACCCCAACAAAAGUUCCUCCGAACACAGUUCACAGUACUCAGAUAGCAACUGUUACAUACAUCCCUUCAAGAACAAGGCACAGAAAGCAGUGCUCAGGAAAGAUAGUGGUAAAGUCAAAGAACAAUCAGCACAAGCUUACGAUACCAUUUCAGGUGUCUUUUAUAAAUGGUUCACUGAAAUAUAACGUGAACAGCACAACGUUCUACAUCGGACGGGCCAAGAGUCUGAGCAUCUCGGAUAUUCGACCUCUGAACAUCUCGAACUCCUUUUCGGUGCCCAUUGUCAUCCACAACGUCGAGCUACAGCCCGAAGCAGAGCCCCAUUUCACGGUGAUCUUCAACUCAUCCGCAGUACUUCUUCCGCAAGAGACGAGACCGGUGGCUUAUCUGCAGUUUCACCCUGCUGAUAGCUCCCUUCAGCUGAGUUCUCGAGUUCGGCUGCAUACAAACCUGUCAAGUUUCGAGAUUCCACUGUCCUGUUACAGCGGAAAGCUCAAAGUGCAUCUCCUUCAUGCACUGAACAAUGAGACGCUGUUAGACUUUGGGACCUUGGGAAUUGGACACAAGCGUACCUUGCUGUUUGCAGUCAUCAAUGAAAACCCUGUUGAGGUUGUACUGAAGCACUGGGGUUCCAAUCUCACCAAGACCUACAUAGAGCUAGUAGGAAUAGAAGCAGGCAAUGCCAGUACAUUGGCAAGGCGGUACAACUUUUCUGGACUUGUAAAAGGGCUGACAUUGAAAUCUCAGCACUUUGCUGUGUUUCGGGUUGGCGUCACAGCUCCAGAAGAAGAAGGUGUGUUCGUCGGGGAAGCCUUUAUAGAAACCAAGCACGAGAUCCUUAAAGUGCUAUUCACUUUGCGAGCUGCGAAAGGAAGCUUGACCUCUGACCCAAUCACUUUUGAGAAUGCUUUUCCUGGCAGGGUGUCUUCGCAGAACCUUUACAUUCACAGCACUUUUUCGCACGCAAUGAUUGUCACUUCUGUCUACACUGUUCCCGAGGACCCCAGGUUUUAUUUUGAGGUGACUCCCAAUGCGUCGCCCGAGCUGCAGCCCAGGAGCAAGAAUUGGGCAGGAAAGUUGUACUUUGACCCCAGGCGGGAUUGUGGUCGGAAGUGCUACAGUGGUCUGCCAACCGGAACAGCUGAGGGUCGUCAGUGGUUGUCAAAGCUUUCGCUUCCUAAGGAUGUUGGAGAGACAGAUCUGGAACUUUUCAAGAUCCUCAGGGAAAGGUGGAUGAAAUUGGAGGAGAGCAGGGAGAACAUGAUCAACUUGACUUUAAAAGUGGAUACAAGUCAGGCCCAGAGUUUCCUGAUGAGAGCUCAAGCAGACCUUCAGUGGCCUCGUUUGUCCGUGCGUUGCCAGCUCAAGUUCCCAGUCACCCAGGUGGGAAACCUGACGGUGAAAGAGGUCACCCUGGAGAACCCGUCCAGCCUGCCAGUGUUGGUCCAGGUGUUACCGUUGCCCCUCUACCCAAACGUCCGCGCUGUGCUCUCAAUGACGGAGGGAUCAUGCAGUGGUGCAAAUGUUACACUGCCCCAGUGGCCAGAUGUGUUCACCCUUCAAGAUUUGGAGGAGUAUGAUCCCAGUCCGGACAAUAUGUUCCUGGCGUACGGGAAGGGCCUCGAGGAGUACUUUGGGGUGCAGCCACACCGACAGUCGCUGGCUUUUCAGCUUACCCCUGGAAUGCGAGUGCGGCUCCGUGUGGGGUUUGCUCCGAAGGACGAUUCAAUAACCUCCUCUCUCUUGCUCAUAAGAAACAACCUGACUGUGAUGAGCACACUUCUUCUAAAGGGGCAAGGAGGGUACGGGCAGAUGCGUCUCGGAAACAAGACACCAGGGGUUGACUCUGUGCUCACUUUUGAGCUCACUGAAAACCACUGCAAGGAUUGCGAUGGGUCAAAAACUGGGAAAAUGGUUCCGCCAAAUUUCACCGUACGAAGAGCGUUCACAGCACGCAACACUGGGCAACUCCCUGUCUACAUCAACGGAUUGUUCAUCAACGACGUUCCUUGUGAGGGCUACGGCUUUCAUGUGCUCAACUGCUAUAGUUUUGAACUGAAGCCAAACUCCAGCAAGCGUGUCGACAUUGCGUUUACUCCCGAUUUCACCCUGACCCGCAUUGAACGGACGUUGAGCAUACAAACGAGCCUGGGGCCCGAGCCAGUCUCCUACAAGCUGGUGGCCACAGUGCCUCGCAGGUUCCUGGCUUCCUGCGGUCGAGCGUUGCCACGUCCGCACUGGGAGGCUCCCAUCCAUUGGUGUCUCACCACAGCUGCUGUUUUUGUCAUCCUAUGCUCCAUUGUCUAUGCCCUGCUUGAGAGGGACCGCAUUCUCCAGACAGGAUUCUACCCGUUCGUCGUAUCCCCCACCGAGGGUCGCGCGCUCCAACCGUUCGACCUCAACAACAUCGUUCCUGCUGGGGACAGCGCGAGGCAGACUGAAAAGGGAGGAGGGCAGAACAAGAAGAAAGAAAGUAACCAGCUUCGCAGAUUAUCACCUGGAACAGUUGAGUUGUUUUCAACGGCAAGCAAGGGUACCACAACAAGGUUGGACUCAGACAUUCCAAGUAAAAACGUUAGAAGACGAAGUGCUAGCGCAACAACCAAGCCCAAAACAGAAUUGCAAGCUCAUCCACCACCGCUGUUGUCGCAGUCGAGCGAAGAAGAUGUCGGCAAGCCAACAAUUCCACCACAGACAACAACUCGCAACGCAUGUAGUGCGCGUGACUCUGCGAGGACAUCACUAGUGCAGCGAUUUCUUUUGUGGUUUGUGAAAACAGGGUCAAAAACUGAAACCAGAACCAGUGUGGCGACGCAGACGGCAACCACGAAGAACGUUCAUAGCAAGGAUGAUGAUGAACGGAAGCCUAGGAAGAAGAAAUGCCACGUUGAGGAAGAGACCUCCUCGACGACGACAGAGACGUCCACUUCGGACCUGAGCGAAAAAGACCACAUGCUGCCGGACGUUUGUGUUUCAGCGAAGCCAGCAAAAUCGAGGAGGUCAAAGUCUAAGGGCAGGGAGAGAGCGAGUAACGUGUCCAACACAUUGGCAGCAGCUGUGACCGCCGUCGAAGGUGUCACCAGUUUAAUAGAAGAUACCGGAGGGGACUUCGAAGUGAGCACGCGGGGCAGGUCGCACCGAAAGAUAAAAGUGGACCCCAGAAAGGCGUUUGGAGGUGACGUAUUACGACCGUGUACGCUCGAGCUACCUUACAAGCCAAAGACAGUUACCGCAGAGACCAAAGAACCGCAGCUCAACGAGCUCCGAUUGAAAACGCAGCGCGCGGCCAUAAAAUUUUCCGACGUCAAGUUCAAGAGCCGGUCGUCCUCGUUUGAGAACGAAAGCGAGUCGCGGAAGAGCUCUCCGCCGCCAGUCUGGGACCAGCCAAAAGCGCCCGCCAACACGGACGACGCGCUCGCGGAGAUUGCAAGACAGACGGAACACUUUGCACUUCACCAGCACGGAAUCAAGCCCAGCCGUCCCAUCAGCUACUCCGCAGCCGUGGCCGGAUGCAGCACCAGCAAAGCUCCGGCCACGACCAAGAACGCGACCCGCAACUGCGGAGCAGUGGGUCAGAAGCCUCCCGGCCUCGUCGACUCCCACGUGAAGUCUGAGCCCAAGCUGUCUUGUCGUCCCUCGCAGAGCAAAAUGGAUUCUCUGGACACCUUCUCCCCGGAAAAGCCGCCCGUGUGGCACGACCACGUCGGUUCAAAGCAGGAAAUCGCUCCCCUACUCAGGAACAUCUGCCACAGGUCACUCCAGUCUUGGUCGCAGGAGGAAGAUUUUCUCGCCGCGUGGAGGUUGAGGGAACCGGAAAACCAAGCGGACUCCGUCGAAGAAAUACCUUUUGUUGGCCCCGUCAGGAAGUCCGGCGUGGAUCGUUGGGGAACUGGAACUGAAGAGACCUUCUUUGGUGCAGCUGUUGAUCACAGCUCACGUUGGGAUCCAACACCGCAUCAAGUGUGGGGCUCAUCGUGGUGGACCACUCCAAGCUUAGCGGAGACCAGCCAGCCUGGAAUAACACCGGUUGACACUUCUCCAACGGAGUCUAUGGCAAACAUGGUAUCCUUGCUUGGCAUUGAUACGCCUGAUCAAGAUGUGUCUGACCACUUGGCGAGCUUCGCCGUUGAGGCCAACUCUACGACCGGGACGUCCACCUUCUCCUUUCCUCAGAGCAUAUGGACCCAGCAUUCAGCAGCAAGAGUCACCCCCAUUGGUCAGCCCUGGGGCUACAGCCUCUUUCAGGGCAACUCCUCGGAUGCCCAGCCAACACAGACCACCGCAGACCCACCCAGUGAAUGCAAGAUUGAACAAGAAAAGCCUCUUGGCUGGCAGGAUAAGGGACCCAUCUGAGCACUUGGCUUGGCUUGGCCACUUUCUUUUAACGUUUCCAUGGCACACGUUUGUAGAUCGGUUACUACUUAGCCACCGUUGGUCGCAUCAGAAAUAGUAUUGACAGCAUUUCGGACGAGGCGACAUCGCUGUAAAAAUUGAAGCUUUUUUUCGUUAGCACCUCGUCGGUGUAGUGUGGCGCACAGUCCCAUUUUCCCAUCUGGCGCAAUGUCUGAUAGGAAAUGCACACGUCUUUCAUUUGAACUGCUAGGCAUGGUUUCUUUGUUUUUUGGCUGUGAUAAUUUCAUUAAUUUUGCAACAUCGAUAUCGUUUCUUUUUUUUUUUUUAAAUAUCAUUAGUGGAGAUGUUGAACAGCUUCAGCAUGUUAACGAACAAAGGAGGCACACCCCGUUGAACGUCUGCGUUCUACCUCUGCAGUAUUUUCCCUUUUUAUGUUUCACCCCGCUGCAAAAUAUCCUCUUCGUUAAAGGGUUCUUAUUUCUGAAGGCUAUUUAGCAAACACUGAUGAAUUAACGACGGAGAAGUUAAAAGAAGCUAGGAAUACGGAGGUGGCAUGAUCCAUUCGGAUAAGAGUGCUUUGGAAACUGACAUGUCUCUGGGGUUCCCUGCUUGCCAGUGAGCGAGAGCUUGGUGUUUGAUGGUGAGCAUAUUUCUGUCGUGAUGCAAGCGCUGUGUACGACGUAGUUGUAGCCACUGCCAUUUUGCAUUGCCACCAUUGCAGAGUGGUGUUGAGCACAAAAAGACAAGUUGAUGCUACCAGAGAUCAAGAUCUGGUAAUUAGGGUGGAAUAAAAGAAAAAGAUCAAACAAG